AAAAAUUAGGUGGCACUUCUAUUCAAAAUAGAGAUUAUUUAUUAAAAACUUAUGAUCGGUAUAAGAAACACUCAAAUUGUCGAUGUACUUUACCAAAAGAAGUUGUUGGUCCAUUCGAAUUUGAAGAAUUCAGAGAAAUUAAAAAAAGUUUUACCAAAGCUUAUAGAGAAAAAAAAAAUAUAAAAGAACUAAAGCUUGAAGAACAUCAAGGAGAUUUAGACAGUAACGAAAUAUUAGAAGAAGAAAAAACACCACUUGAAAUAUUUAGAGAAAAUAAAAAUAAAAUUCUAUAUUGUAAAAAAGAUUUAGAAGCUGAUUAUGAAGAUUCAGUUGUUGAAUCAUCAAAAAAAUGUAAAGCCAAAGAAAUUGAAAAGGAUGAUGAAAAAAAGAAAAAAUACUA